AAUAUUUAAAUUGUUUUGUAGAUAUUUCUAGUUUGCACAAGCAGUUACGAAAGUUGUAUAAAUAACACAUACAUAAUAUUGUUCGACGUAAUUUGAAAUGUCGUUCUUAAAGUCUGCCUUGGAUUUUGUCAGUGGCGGAAAUUCUAAUGAAAACUUUGUUGGUUCAACUGUGGAAUUGGGUCAACAAAAGUUAAAUGUUAAUCGAGCAAUUGCUGAAGGUGGUUUUGCGAUUGUGUAUGAAGCAUCAGAUGAAAAUGGGACCAAAUAUGCAUUAAAGCGGCUGUUAGCGCAUGAGGACAGCAAGAAAAAGGAAAUUAUUCGAGAAAUACAAUUUCUAAGAAGAUUGUCUGGACAUCCAAAUAUUAUCAACUAUAUAUCUGCAGCUACAAUUUCAAAGGAGGAAUCUGGACAAAUGUGUGAUGAGUAUUUACUCUGCACGGAGUUUUGUGAAGGUGGUCAGUUGGUUGAUGUAAUGAAAAGGUUGGGAGGUCCUAUGGCACUUGAUCAAAUCAUUAAAGCUUUCUAUCAAACUUGCUCAGCUGUAUCUCAUCUACAUAAGCAACAACUACCUGUAAUCCACAGAGAUUUAAAGGUUGAAAAUUUGCUUCUCACUGCUGGUGGGAUCGUAAAACUGUGUGAUUUUGGGAGUGCCACUACUACUGCUCACUACCCAGAUAAUACAUGGGCUGCUGGGAAAAGAGGACAGGUUGAAGAUGAAAUAUUACGUAACACAACACCCAUGUAUCGAACACCUGAGAUGAUUGACAUGUACAGUAAUUACCCAAUCAAUGAAAUGCAGGAUGUUUGGGCACUUGGAUGUAUAUUGUACCUUCUAUGCUUCUACAAACAUCCAUUUGAGGACUCUGCAAGAUUAGCAAUAUUGAACGCAAAUUUCACAAUUCCAUCGUCAGACAAAAAAUAUAAAAUGAUGCAUCCACUUAUAAAAUCUAUCCUACAAAUCAACCCGAACAACCGACCACCAGCAGUGGUUAUAGUUGAACAAUUAUCUGAAUAUGCAGCUUCCAUGUCUAUUGAUCCCAAGUCAUCAAUUGACUUGUGCAAAGGCAGCAACGCAAUCAUUCAGCCUCAAGCUGCGCCCAAACCUGUGAGCACACCAGCUAACCCACCACCUCAACAAGCAGAGAAUGGUGGAAAUAACGAGAAUGCUGGGUUGUUUAGCAUGAUGAAAGGUGGGGCUGGCAAACUCUUGACAAAUAUUAAAGAUACGUCAAGUAAAGUUGUUCAGUCAGUUGCCAGUUACGCAAAAUCUGAUCUUGAUGUGACCUACAUCACGUCUAAGUUAGCAGUGAUGUCGUACCCUGCUGAAGGCAUGGAAGCAACAUACAAGAAUAAUAUUGAGACAGUUUGUGCUUACCUUGAUGCAAAGCACAGAGACCAUUAUGCUGUCUACAAUUUAUCCACCAGGCAAUAUGACUCUGCAAGGUUCCACCACCGAGUUGUUAACAUGGGCUGGCAAGCCAAACAUGCACCUACUUUAAAAAAUCUCUUCACACUUUGUAAACAUAUCAUACAAUGGCUGAAGAAAGACCCGCUUAAUGUGGCUGUUAUACACUGCACUGAUGGUAAAGCUCAGUCAGCAGUGGUUGCUUGUUCUGUGUUGGUAAUGUGUGGACUAUUCAACACGGCAGAUUCAUCUCUCUUCAUGUUCAGUAUUAAAAGAAUGCCACCUGGUAUAAGUCCUUCAUAUAAAAGAUAUGUUGAAUAUAUAUGCAGCAUGAAAGAAGCACAGAAACCAAACCAGUCUUCCACACCUUUUCCCCAUUCCCACCGUGUGACCAUUAAACAGGUGGAACUAUCACCAGUCCCACUUUUCAACCGGAUGAGAAACGGAUGCCGACCUUUCUGUGAGGUUUACGUCGGCGAGUCUCGUAUCUUGACAACAUCUGCUGAUUAUGAAUCAAUGAGGGGUUUCACAGACGCAGAGGAAAAAGUAACAAUAGACGUUGGGGCUGAGGUUGGUGGGUCAGUGGGCCCUGAUAUCACGUUGUCAGUUUACCAUGCGAGGCAAAUAUUGGGUGGAAAGCUCGCAUUGCAAGCAAAACAAACCGGCAUCAAGAUGUUCCAGCUUCAAUUCAACACUGGGUUUGUUCCAAUCAAUGCUACAAAAGUACAUUUCCGAACAUAUGAUUUAGAUGCGUGUGAUAUACAAGAGAAAUACCCAGAAGGAUUUUGUGUGACAUUACAUGUUGAAGUACAUGCUGACCGUAAUACCAACACCACUAACUUAUGGGAGGGUUUGUCACCAAAAGGUUUGAAUCCAAAGCUCUUGUUUUCGACUAGGGAAGAACAAAGUGAAGUCCUGCAAAAAUUCGGCCACGAAGAAUAUGAUGUGAAGCCUUCUCUCACUUACACUCUUUCCAAUAUUAACCAAGAAAAAGGUAGUAAACCUGACACCAACACCUCAGUUGAUGGUGAACAGAGGUCAAGUAGUAAUGUGUUUGAGACAUUAGAUUGGCAUGAUGAAGAGAAUAAUGUGAAUGACCCGGCACAAAGUGAGCUGCAGAAAAAUGGAACCUCUGCACCAGCAGAUCUUUUUAAUGGAGAUUCCACCACUCUCAUGAAUGAUCACGCUGAAGCUGAUUUGCUUGGCUUAUCAUCAUCAUCCGCUCCCGUGAAUGAAUCACAAACUGCAUCAUCUCAUUUCCCCACCAACUUUGAUUUAUUGUCGGGCAUCGGAAACCAAGAAUCUGCUGCUCAAACAACGGAGCCAGAUCUGCUAGGUGGCGCCAAUGAGACACCUGCAAAUUCCGGAACUUUUGACCCAUUUUCAUCAUUUACUUCCCCACCCCAACAAGCCCCCCCUGCUAAAGCACAGAGUGAAAAUAUGUUCAAUGAUUUUGAUACUUUUGAUCCAUUUUCUAACAACCCACAAGUUCCGUCUCAAGUUCCCAAGCCUGCCCCUACCACCCAACCUCAAAACAACAUGUUUGAUCCAUUUGCUCCUGGAUUCACCACCCAGUCCAAACCAAACCAACCCAGUGAACCAGACCUAAUGUCAGGUUGGGCAGAUCCUGUUAAAAACCUCUCAACCAACCAACCACAGCGACCAGCAGCACCACAAAGCAAGCCACAAGCAUAUGACCCAUUUUCCCAGUUUGGAAACUUUAGCAAGACCCCCCAACCUACCACGAAUGCCCAGCAAUUCCCUCGUGCCACCCAAAUGCAACAGCCAAGCAUGUCAUCUGCAGCACGACCACAGGCACCAAUGGGUGGUAACUACCAACCAUACAAACCGGCCCCACAACCACAGAAAAGUCAACCCAGUUACAACUUUACGAAUUUCUCAAACUCUUCUCAAAACUGGAAAUCAAAUGUCAAGCCACAAGUGAAGGAAAAUGCAUUUGAUGAUCUCCUCAGCAGCAGUGGCUUCACAGCAACAAAGAAAGAAGAAACAAGAAGGAAAUUAGCUGAUCUGAAACGUGAAGCUCAGACCUCACAACUUGACCCUGAAAAAGCAAAGAUUAUAAACUGGAUUGAGGGCAAGGAAAGGAACAUAAGGGCUCUUAUUUCAACUUUACAUACUGUAUUAUGGGAAGGAGAAACUAAAUGGAAGGCCUGCGGUAUUCAUCAACUUGUACAACCAAAUGAUGUUAAGAAAUUUUACAGAAAAGCUUGUUUGAUUGUUCAUCCUGACAAAGCAACUGGAAAACCACAUGAAGAAUAUGCAAAGCUUAUUUUCAUUGAGCUGAGUGAUGCAUGGGCAGAAUUUGAGGAGAAGGGAAUGCAGGCUCUGUUUUAAAUUUAAUCUAAUCAAUUCUGGAUUUAAUCUAACCAAAGUGGAUGUGUCACUUUGCUAUGUAAGGGCACACACCACAGUCCACCAGCAAUCAAGAAAUAUCCUGCUAGUGCAAAGUGUAAAUACAAAAAGGCAUUUGGCUUGAGCAAGAACUGUACACAAUUGAGAAGGAACCACGAUACAGACAACCUGCAAGCAGCUUUUGUUUCAUAUGUUAAGAAAAUCUGAUUUAAGCUCUAUAUGCUUUUUUGCCAAUAUCUUCAUUUUCCGUUGUUUAUUUAGCUCUUGUUCUUAAUAACGAACACUGGAGAUCCAAUUUUCUAUUUAUUGUUUGAACACUUAUUUUAGAGCGUGUUUGUGCAAUAGUGUCGAUUACUCUCCGUUAUAUAUAUCCUUACAGGUAGGUGAUAUUAUUGUUCAGCUACAUGUUAGUUUAAUUGUAGUACAGUGCGUUGUGUGAUUUAUAUAUAACUUGCACUUAAGGUCAUUAUUAAAACAACAACCUUGGA